AUGUCUCUGAAGAUGCAUCUGCUAGACAGCGACGGGGAGAAGAGCGAUCAGGACUUGGUGGUGGAUGUCGCGAACGAGGAGGCGUCAUCGCCACACGCGAACGGUGAACACUCAGAUCCACGUGAGAACGGCACCCUGGAGAAGCUGGGCACUCCAGUACACGUGGGGCCUAUUUCCGGUGCUGGCUCGACAUCCGUAAAAGACAGACCACCCUCGCGGAGCGGAAGUUCCUCCGCUCGUAGCACACCGUCUCUGAAAAGUAAAGAUAUCGACAAGCCGGGUACACCUGUGGCGGCGGCGAGGGGGUCGCGCAGCUGUACGCCAACUAUGGGCGGAAUCCCUGGUCCCUUGGCAUCGCGGGUCUAUCAUCCGCCAUCGUCGCAGCAAACGCCACCGCAGGGCUAUCAGGGUUUGCCGUCCCGCGGCAAUGAGCCGCCACAAUCGCCUUCGCCGUACAGCAACUUACCAUACGCCAGGACUUCGAUGCUCGGCUUCGACGGUCACGUGAGGAUACCAUCGAGUAACGGGCUAAGCAACAUUCCGGGUGGUAAACCAGCGUACUCGUUCCAUAUGAACGGCGAGGGUCAGCUGCAGCCGGUGCCAUUCCCCACAGACGCUCUGAUAGGGCCGGGAAUUCCACGUCACGCGCGUCAGAUUAAUACCUUGACUCACGGCGAGGUUGUGUGCGCCGUUACGAUCUCGAAUCCGACCAAGUACGUCUACACGGGCGGUAAAGGGUGCGUUAAAGUCUGGGACAUCGGACACGGAGGCGGUGGCAGUAUCAAGCACGUAUCGCAGCUGGACUGCCUGCAACGCGACAAUUAUAUUAGGUCGGUAAAGCUACUGCCUGACUGCAGAACCCUGAUAGUUGGAGGGGAGGCGAGUCAGCUGAUCAUCUGGGACUUGGCUAGUCCCACGCCGCGAAUCAAAACGGAACUGACGUCUGCGGCACCGGCCUGUUAUGCUCUGGCAAUUUCGCCAGACUCGAAGGUCUGCUUCAGCUGCUGUAGCGAUGGUAACAUCGCCGUGUGGGAUCUGCAGAACGAGACAUUGAUUCGACAGUUCCAAGGCCACACGGACGGUGCCUCCUGCAUCGAUAUCUCGGCGGACGGUUCGAAGCUGUGGACUGGUGGAUUGGAUAAUACGGUGCGUUCGUGGGACCUAAGGGAGGGCAGACAGUUGAAGCAGCACAAUUUUACCUCGCAAAUAUUUUCGCUGGGCUACUGCCCGACCGGAGAGUGGCUCGCUGUGGGUAUGGAAAAUUCGAACGUCGAGGUCCUUCACGCUUCCAAGUCCGAUAAAUAUCAACUACAUCUACACGAAUCGUGCGUGCUGUCACUUCGCUUCGCGUCUUGCGGUAAAUGGUUCGUCUCCACCGGCAAGGACAAUCUGUUGAAUGCAUGGCGCACACCGUACGGCGCAUCGAUAUUUCAGUCGAAGGAGUCCUCGUCGGUGUUGAGCUGCGACGUCUCUGCCGACGACAAGUACAUCGUGACCGGAUCCGGUGACAAAAAGGCCACUGUAUACGAAGUGAUUUACUAGACGCGUACGGUAAAGACGUUUCACGUUUUCCUCCCUUGGUCGAAACCUGAACUCUUUAACACGCUCUCCCUUUUCGCGGGAGAUCCUACAAGUGAGACUUUUUAGCAGCUUUAGGAACCUAGACUGUUACUAUACUGUGUAUAUAUACAUAACGAGUCUGUAUUAACAGUAGAAAUUGCGUUCGAAAGAAACAAAGCACAGACGAACGAAGAGGAAAAGAAAAAAGCAAACAAAGAAAACGAAGAAAAAAAAACUGAUGCUAAUUAUGAUGACGAUCGAAAAACCAAUGUGUGUGCCAGAGAAAAAGCUGUAUAUGUAUAUUUAGGAAUUGCGUGUGCGUGGCCCAACUGUACCUACGACCGUGUGAUUUAACGUAGGGGAAACUUUCUUUGUCGCGUGUAUACAACGAGAAGUGUUAAUGGGACGUUACCAAGCGAUUUUGCAUGCGCGUUAAGUGACCAGGAGAGCCUUGCAGAUGGUGAUGCUAGAUACAGUUUCGUAUAAGUACCUAAUUAUAGAAUCAACACGCCCAAGACGACAUCAUACGACAGAUAACACGAGAAGAACGAACAUUCGAAGCCUGUCUAACGAAAAUUACACUUGCUCUCGCUUACGGUAAUUUUCUUCGAAACUUUUACAAUUUUUGCAAUCACUGUCCUUUAACGUAUCUACGACCACGAUGGUGACUCGAAGCAUGUUAUUGCUGCAUACCUGGAACCGUUUCGAGAAACUCGCUGGCUGUAGCUACCUUCGAAUAUGCGUUUUACUUAUAGAUCAGAAGCAACUAUAGUCUUCUGUCGGUUAAUAUUGUCGAUAUAAUGUUUUAUGCUGAUAGCGAUAUGUUGACAUCAACAACAAAAAAAAAAAAAGAGGCAAAUGAAAGAUAUAUGUACAUCGAAUUAUUUAUUUCAUGUAAAUUGUUCAUUUCGUUGGAAUACUACAGUCGCGAAAGGAAUCGAUCGUUCAAAUGUUCGCACAUCAUCCAUUGUCGAAGCGACUGAAAAAUUCACAAAGAAUUCGUACAGAAGUUAUUGACUAACGAUGAUUCUGCUGUUUCCACCUGAAGAAGGAAAGUAAACGCGAGACCUGUACUAUAGGAGCAGUGUUGUGUAUUGUCUACAUGCCGAUCGGUCAUGACCAUUAAUUAAUUUUAAAUAUAUCGAUGAAAAAUAAUUGCCUUUUCUAUU